CGUUCAUUGACGGAACAGUGGAAUGAGGACGCUUAAUUAGCAACACGCCAGGACACAACUGCAUGGGUGCAACAGUGUGGAAAGAGUCCGUAGAGGACCGAUGGGCUCAUGCAGAGUUGCGUGUAAUGUACACGGUUUCGCCAUACCAUUUGGUCGCCGAGCCCUCUUCCUCUUCGAGCUCAACUCAAGCGCAGACUCUGGCAGUCGCGCUUUUCGUGUUCACGACCAACUCUCAUUCUCUCUACGCCACCUCACGACUUCAAACAUCAGCCAACAUGCGUUAUUCCAUCGUUGCGACGGCGGCCCUCGUUGCCGGUGCUGUGAUUCCGGCCAUUGCUCUUCCUGUCGAUCUGGUUACUCGCGGAUUCUACGACGAGUCGCUCGAUGCCCGUGCAUCGCAAGAGCAACUAGAAGCGCGCUCUCCCAGUUGCGGCCUCGGCCUCACAGCCCUUCUCCACCGCCUCCUCCUCCGCCACCACCGAACACUCCGGAGCCGGGGAACAGGAAGCACAAGCGUGUCCUCGACGAUCUGAUUGAGUACUUGGAGGCACGCGAUCCUCAGUGGCCUCGGCCUCACAGCCCUUCUCCGCCGCCGCCUCCUUCUCCCCCUCCGAACACUCCUGAGCCGGGAAACAGGAAACACAAGCGCAGUCUCUACGAUGUCGUCGACUACCUGGAAGCACGCGAUCCUCACCAAGUCCCCCGCCCUUAUACUCCGCCUCCGUCGCCUCCACCUCCUCCUCCGCCUCCUCCGAACACUCCCGAGCCGGGGAACAGGGGACACAAGCGCAGUCUCUACGAUGUCGUAGAUUACCUGGAAGCACGCUCUCCUCAGGGGCGGCCUCACAGCCCUUCCCCACCGCCGCCUCCCCUCCCCCUCCGAACACCCCCGAGCCGGGGCAUAGGGCACACAAGCGUGCGGAUCUCGCGGACCUGUUGGCUAGGAUGGUGAUCGAUGACCUGGAUUGAUGUGUAGUUGCUGAUUAUGCUCUCCGUGCUUCACUCAUGUACACAUGUACUCAGUACUCAGAGCUUGUCGUUGUGUAUGGGCUUUCGUUCUCGUUGUCACCUGUGUACCCGUGUGUUAUGACGUACCUCGAGCCGCAUUCAACGUGAUAAUGAGAUGUUUUGUUUUUGCAGUGGCUUUGGGACGAAGCUUUGCAGAAAGGCAUCCAUUGGCAGUAUCUUGAGGAUAGUUAUGGCAAGCCUUAUUGUACG